GUCAUGCCAAUCAACCACUAUUGUUGAAACAAUCCUUCAACAAGCCACAACCUUUGUGGCACACAAGUACCAGGUUCUCCCUCAUAUAAACCAUAAUUUUGUGCAAUUUUGAAAACCCAUUUGAAUCCAUUGGUUUAAGACUCAUAAAAAUGUUCUCUUUCACCACAACCAUCUCUGUUUUCCCCAUAACCAUUACCAAACUGAAGCAGCAGAGACACAGGCAAAUUGUAGCAGCAGCUUCCAUUCACGAUGACAGCCUUAGAGUUCUCGAGUGGGACAAGCUUUGUGAUUUGGUCGCUACCUUUGCCACCACUUCAUUAGGCCGUCAAGCCCUCAAGGCCCAGCUAUGGUCCGUUGAUCGAACUUACGAGGAAAGUCUCAAACUCUUAGAUGAAACCAAUGCUGCGGUUGAAAUGCACAAGCAUGGCGCUUGCAGGUUGCACUUGGGACACAUUGAUGCUUUGCUGGUGAAAACCGCGAUUCAGAAUGCCCGGAGAAGCAUACACGUGACUGGCUAUGAGGCAAGGGCUAUUUGGGCUCUUCUUCUGUGUGCGGACACCUUGCAGGGUGAUCUAAAAGCUGCAAUUAAGCAAGACAAAGAUUGGUAUGGUCGUUUCAUGCCUCUUACAGAAGUGAUAAUGGAAUUUGUCAUCAAUCGAUCUUUAGUUAAAGCGAUAGAACAAGUUGUUGAUGAAGAUGGCUCUAUUAAAGACUCUGCGAGUCCAGAGCUUAAGAAGUCACGUCAACAAGUGCAAGUGCUUGAGAGAAAGAUACAACAGUUAAUGGAGAGCUUAGUCAGGAAAGAAAGGAGUGAAUCAUCAGUUCUUGAAGUGAAUAAUGUUGAUGGCAGGUGGUGCAUAAGAGUGGAUUCUGGACAAAAUACAAGUUUUAAAGGUCUCUUGUUGUCCAGUGGUUCAGGUGUUGGAAGCACUGUAGAGCCACUUUCUGCUGUUCCGUUAAAUGAUGAGUUGCAGCGAGCAAGAACUUUGGUGGCAAAGGCUGAGGUGGAUGUGCUUUUGACAUUAACCAAAAAGAUGCAACUGGACCUAGAUGAUAUUGAAAACACAUUGAACAGUUUGGUUCAACUAGAUGUGAUUAAUGCUCGGGCAACUUAUGGGCUUUCAUUCCGAGGAUCAAGCCCCCAUAUAUUUCUGCCAGAAAAGAACAGCUCUUCUUCUACUGAAGCCUUCUUAACAGGGAAUGACAAUUCCUAUGGACCAUUACCCAACAAUAAGGAAUGGACGUUGUAUCUGCCAAAAGCUUAUCAUCCUUUAUUGCUCCAGAGUCAUAGAGAGAAUCUGCAGAAGUCUAAAAAGGAUGCCAAUCUUGCUACUUCAGUUGCUCCGAUGGAGAAAACCCAGCCAGAGCCAGUACCAGUUGAUUUUUUGGUACCUCAGAAAACUCGUGUUAUAGUUAUAACUGGCCCUAAUACUGGUGGUAAAACCAUAUGCUUGAAAACUGUAGGAUUGGCUGCUAUGAUGGCAAAGUCAGGUCUCUAUGUUCUUGCUUCUGAAUCUUUGCAAAUUCCUUGGUUUGAUUCCAUUUUUGCUGACAUUGGUGAUGAGCAGUCCUUAUCACAGUCUUUGUCUACAUUCUCUGGCCACUUGAGACAGAUUAGUAAUAUUAAAUUACAUUCAACAAGCCAGUCACUGGUGCUACUAGAUGAGGUUGGUGCAGGAACAAACCCCCUUGAAGGAGCAGCACUAGGAUUGUCUUUAUUGGAGUCUUUUGCUCAAGAUGGUUGCUUGUUGACUAUAGCUACAACUCAUCACGGUGAACUGAAAACCCUGAAAUACAGUAAUGAGGCCUUUGAAAAUGCAUGUAUGGAGUUCGAUGAAGUGAACUUGAAGCCAACUUACAAGGUUCUCUGGGGCAUACCAGGGCGCUCAAAUGCAAUCAAUAUAGCCGAGAGGUUGGGACUUCCAUCUGUUGUUGUAGAUACUGCUCGUAAGUUAUAUGGUUCUGCCAGUGCAGAGAUAGAUGAGGUAAUAGCCGAUAUGGAAAAGUUCAAACAAGAAUACCAAGAGCUAUUGGCUGAAGGGCGUCAUUAUCUAAUGCACUCCAGAGAACUUCACAAUAGUCUGUUGAACACCAGAAGGAAGAUUGCGGAACACAGUACUAAACUAAGAUUUAAAAAAAUGAGAGAAGUAUCUGAGGCUGCAGCAACGGCAAGAUCUGAUAUUCACAAGAAGGUGAGGGAGAUGGAUGCAUUAGCUAAGCAAGCUUCACAGCACAAAAAAUCCAUUAAGAGCUCUCCUUCAUCAGCAACAAACAGCCUUCAUACUGCAGCUGACAACAAAAAACCUACAAUUGCUGAUAGAAGUGCAUCUGCUAUAAAAAAGUUGAACCAAUCAUCAUCAGAUAGGUUUGAGCUUCCCAAGGUUGGUGAUAUGGUGCAUGUUGCUUCCCUUGGUAAAAAAGUGACUGUUCUAAAAGUGGAUUCAUCCAAAGGAGAUAUUGUAGUUCAAGCUGGAAACAUGAAAUUGAAGCUAAAAGUAACUGACAUUCAAAGAUAGUAGAAGAUAUGAAAUUAUGGCUAUGAUCAUAAAUGA